AUGAGUGCCAAACCCGAUAUUCACAAACUCAACUACCAGAAGGACGGCAACUUCGUCCGCCCAGACUCGACAUUCCGCAACUUUGUCUCCAGGGAUCCCAAUGCAAAGUUUCCUGCUGAAAGGGGUCGCUAUGCACUCUACAUAUCUCCCGGUUGCCCUUGGGCUCACCGCACGCUCAUCGUUCGCGUGCUCAAACAUCUGGAGGACAUAGUGGAACUGUGCAUCCUCGGAGACCUAGGCCCUAAGGGUUGGGAGUUCGACGGCGCCUGGGGUUCCUCGUUAGAGGACCCGCUCCACCCGGGCGUCAAGUACCUGCGUGAGCUGUACGAGCGCAUCGAGCCGGGGUUCAGCGGCCGGGUCACCGUGCCGGUCCUGUGGGACAAGAAGACAGAUACCCUCGUCAACAACGAAAGCAGCGAGAUCAUCCGCAUGUUCUACACCGAGUUCGACGACCUGCUCCCGGAGCAGUAUCGCGAGGUGAACAAGCCCGGCGGUGGCCUGUACCCGGAGCACCUCCGCAAGGAGAUUGACGAGAUGAACGACUGGGUGUACAAUACGGUCAACAACGGCGUGUACAAGACGGGCUUCGCCAACACCCAGGAAGCAUAUGAGAAAAAUCUUUACGCGGUGUUCGCGUCCCUGGACCGUCUAGAAGGCAUUCUAGCCGCGCAUGGGAAACCUUUCCUCUUCGGCGAUCAUCUGACGGAAGCCGACGUGAGGCUCUACACAACGGCCGCCCGAUUCGAUGUUGCUUACCAAUACGUAUUUCUUUGUAAUCUGAAGAACAUCCGGCAUGACUACCCGAAGCUGCACCUAUGGCUCCGGAGACUUUACUGGGACCACAGCGAGCUAACGAAUCAAGCCUUCUUCAAAACCACAUCGCCGUGGAUCGAUAAGUAUGCAGAGGGCUAUGCGUUGGCGAGGAGGAAGGUUGUAACGCAUGAGAGUGUCCUCAUCAUUCCUAGGGGGCCGGCUGUCAAGAUCGCCGAGCUUGCAGAGCAUGAAAAGUUGUAG